AUGGAAAAGGGUGUACUUCACGCGGAAUACAACUUUGGCAUAAAAUUCUCUCUUUGGUUAUUGGCUAUCAUUAAUUUGAUGUUCAUCAUCAUUGCGUUGUUGGAUUGGCAGGAUAUAAGUUUACAGUUGGAGUUUAGAGGAUGCAAAACGGGUAUGGGAUUUAUGGUAUGGGCCGCAGACGGUUCGUCACUCUCUGUCGAACUUAGUUUGACUUAUGAAUGGACUAUAGUAGAUGGUAAUCUAAGGAGAAUACUGGACUCAAGCGGUGCUUUUAUGACGAGAGGGCCAGAUAUGACAGCGACGAAGCUAUGA